AUGAAUGGAGGAUCCGACUUGCAUUUUAUUGACAGAAGCUCUACAGUGGUUUUCUCCAAUGUUAUCACUUAUGAAAAACCCGAAGCUGAAGAAGAUACAGAAAUCACUCGCGAAUAUCAAAUGCAACUUGAGGUGGAAUGUUGUUUAGACAAAUCAGAAACAGUUGAUGGGUCCUUCAAACCACGCCUUGGUAAGGUUGUAUUCAGCGACAAGAGCACUGGUAACUUCGAUCUAACAAUGAAAAGAUUCGAGUCAGAGAGUUUUGAAGUUGAAGAAUCCAGCACCGUCUUGCUGAUAACGGACCUCUUCUUUGGAGUCGCUCUCAAUUCUGUGCAAAGCGUUGGGAUGUUCAUUGAUGAAGCCUGGGCUACAGCUGGCCCCGAUGCGGGUAGUACACCACGACACGAUCUGAUAAGUGACGGAUGCCCUGUUGACGAAACAGCUUUAGUUUAUUUUAUUGAAGCGCAUCAAGAAGGCUUUAGCGUGGACUCUUUCCGUUUCGUCGGAGACCAUGAAGAGGUGUACUUUCACGCUGUGGUGAUGGUAUGUGGUACCGAAAAGAGCGAAGAGAGGCGUAGCGAUAUCCAAGACAAAUGUAAUGACAAGGUUCGUCAGCUUCCCGAAGCACCUCCUGCUACUGGAGAUCGCAAACGACGAUCUGCCGAUUUACUUUCCACUCAGACGAUCAGCAGUGGUCCUUUCCGUGUUCGUAAUCCAACCAGUGAUAUGGCCACUGACGAUGUGUCUUCCUCCAAUCCGUUUGCGAUGCUCACUCUUGGUAUGAUCGCUGCAGUGGUUGCCAUGGUUAUUCUGAUGGGCGUGGCCAAACUGGUCGGUAGAUCAACCAACUACAACUAUCAGCGUGUUUCGACCGAAACCAUUGAAGGGAUUUAGAGAGGCGAGAGCAACCAUUGCUCAUACAAAGAGGCCCUAAAGUGGAUAGAAUCUUCCACUGUAGAAUUUGAAAAUCUGUUUGCGCCUCCUCAGUCUGCUUUUAGUUCUAAAAGUACGUAGUUGAGCAAUGGAAACGAAAACGGAUGAAAUUUUUACUUCUGAUACUGCUAAGAGCGAUUAGUAUCGAUUAUUUAUGUUAUUUAUGUGAAAAUAAACAUAAUGUACCCCCCUUCUUCAAAAUUAACUGCAGUGAUAGUGGUCGUGAUAAUUAUGACUAUAUUAAGGUGACGGGUAUGAUAAUGAUGAUUUUAAGAAUAUUAGGGAUCACAUUGAUGAUUAACAGAAUUCUAACGUAUAUAUAUAUAACAUGUACUGUAUGAUUGGGACAACGGUUAUGAAAAUGAUGACAAAGUCUAGGUAUAGCAUUAAGUAUGAGCAUAUAUACGCAUUUAGCCAUAGCUAUGAUUUAAGCAUUAAAUAUCAUAAGCAUUAACGAUGUAGUAUGAAGUGUGAGUACGAGUAUAAACAUAAGCAUUGGGUAUUAUAAGCAUUCCUGCUCCUUCUUCAAGGAAAUCAUUUUUCCACUGGUUACAUACAUACGAGCAUGCUCAUAACAUACUAAUCAACGAGUGAAACAAUAUGAGCAUAAUACGAUACAAAGAUGUUUAUGAUUAUAUUCAUAAUGACAAUAUAAACGAGUUGAAGAUUUUAAUGUAAAAGUAAUGUUUAUGUAUUGGUAACUGUAAUGUAUUGGCAUAGACAAUGCGAGUCAGAAAAUAUGUUUCACUUUUUAAAUUAAGUAUUUUUGAAAAAAAAUGCGGGAUUCAGAGAAAAUAUCU